CUCUGCCCUUCCAGGCUGUCGUGACCGCGUACCUACCGUCUGUUCUCAUUUGCGGUGUGCGAUUAAUUCAUUCUGUGUGUUAGAGAGGAGCGGCGAUGCAGCUGUCUGUGGUGUGGGUGGCCAGAUGAUGGAUCCGUUAUGAGUGAGGCAUCUGGCAGCAGCCACGACGCUGCACUCGGGGCCACAUUCACAUUCGCAGGCUGCUCUGACGAGCCGCCCACAUACCACGACGCAACAGGCGGCAAGUAAGCCAAACACACAGUGGGGCAAGGGAAGCCAUGCAUCGAGCCGCCGCAAUUCAUCAACGUGUGUGUUGGCUUCUGCAGGCGUGGUUUGGUUGCCGGUCGUGCGGAGUCAGCGCACCGCUUCUUUGCCCACCUUGCGUACGAUGAGGCGAAGGAGCAGCAGAGGAGGGACGGGCCGGCCGAGGGCACUGGCACCAAGGCGGCAGAGCGGUCCAUCACCGAUGCGUGGUUCCAUGCCAGCCGCCUGCAGCAGUACACACACUCACGCGCACGUUCACAGACAGACAGAAGACAGACAGAGAAGAAUGAUGUGAGCUGAUCUUGUCGGCUGUGGUUGUAUUGUGUUGUGUGUGAUGCAGGCGUGCGGGCGAGACGCUCUGGGACCUUCGCUAUCACCUCCUGGGCAGCGUCAUGGGACCGAAAGUGUACGCAACGCACAGGCACACCUGGCCUGCACAGAAGGCCGAUCCGAUACACGAGUGUGUGGUGUGGGUCAUCUCCCCUCUCUUCUCCGGACGGACCGGUGUGUCGUGUGGUCUCCCCUCUUCGUUUCGUUCAUCAGGUUCCGCAAUGCCGUGGUCAACGAGUCUGUGUACCGCCCGAACCAGUCCCGCAGGCUGGGGGUGUCCAAGGCCACCACUUUGCAGCGGGACCUGGCACCGAAGGCUGAGGAAACGGCUCUCACCACACAAGCACGCAAAGAGGUGAGAGAGGCCAUAUGUCGAAAAGGAGAGAGAGGGGCGACAAUGUUUGUCCACGUGUACUGACUAUGUUAUGUGUGCGGGGCGUGGCGUGGCGUGGCGUGGUGUGCCGUCGGCAGGCGCUGGAGGGCACUGUAGAGCGGCUGAGGAGCGCGAGAAGCAGCCUCAUGCAAGACCUCAGGAGCCACGAACAAGUAGGUACUGCAUCAAUGGCGAUGGCACGCACGGCACAUCACAGCACGAUCCGCCCUCUGCACACCCACUCACUACUCUGCUCCUCUGCGAUCUGUCUGUCCGUCUGUGUGUGAGUUAGCUGCAUCAAGUCCUGACCCAGCUGCGGCCCCACUGGAAGAUCAACAAACAGACGACAACAACAACCGGCUCCCCAGAUCGCCUCCCCGCAGCUGCCGCCAAGGCGCAGGUGGAAGUGGACAUCUUCGAGGCGCCACGGAUGGGGUGGGGUCUCCCCCAGCCAGCGCCGCCAUCAAGGCACCCCACACUGAGGCAAUCGUCACCCUUCGGACCAUACAGGGCACAGAUCGCCGUGAAGAGCGUACGCACACCGGGGUCAAGAGAACAGAGAGCGCCUUCGGUGUCUGUCUGUCGACGGAGGGUGCAUGUGGCGUGUGCGUGUCUUUGUCUGUGUGUGAUCAGGGUGCGGAGGAGGGCGAGGUCGAGAGCGGUGGUGCGUCGCCGUCAGCUGACAUUCCCCUGACGAUUAUCUUUGAUGAGUACGACGCCUUUCGCAUUGAGGAGCGGUACGAGCUGCGGGUGGCCAUCAGACCGCUGCUGGGGGCCGACAGCAACAAUGCUUCACCUCUGCCACAUCGAGAGGAGGCCACGGCAGCUGACGUUGAAGGCACAGGUGAGAGGAGAAUGCCGCGGGGAGGCAGGCACCUUUGAAUGGUCGGCUGUCUGUGAUGUGUACCAGUGCCUCCCUCGGUCACUCUGCCGCUAGCGCAGUCCCUCCACCGUGUCCUGGCCUACGCCCAGCAUCGCUUCCUGGACCGAUGUCUAUUCCACGUCGUACACGGGCAGGUCAUACCAACACGCCAGGCCAGCAGUGUCAAGAACAUACCAUAUUACCAUACAUUGUCGCGACGAAUCGAGUCCAUCUUUGCUUUCGUGGUGGUGUGGUGUGUGUUGUGCAGGCAGCCGCCCUCCAAUCGACGGGCAGCCUUUCGUCAGCCGCUGUGCCCGCCUCCCGCCCUCCCUCCCCGUCCCUCGCUCCCUAUGACGGCCUCCCAGGCAGGCCGGGGCCGGCGGACGGAGCGCCCGUGGUGACGCGACUCGAUGACCGGCACGUUUCUCUCGUCCUGCAGGGGGCGUCAGCGCCUCUUGUGCUGAGGAUCAUGUACGGUCAGUGAGUGCACCAGAACCAGGAGACGGAGAGCUUGGAGGGCGCUGCACUCGUGUGUUGUGGGAUGGAUGUUGCUUGGGGUCGUGUUCGUGUCGGUCGGUAUAGGUCCAGUUGGCGAGAAUGAAAAUCAACAAGUGGGCCACAAGAGACAACGGAACGACUGUAGUGGUGGUGGUGGUGGUGGUUCGCCUGACCAAUCCCCGUCAGAAGACGCAGCACUGGUCAGUUAGUCAGUCAGCCAGCCACCCUGGAACCAACACUCUCGCGACACUACUUCGUCCCUUCCUUGUUGGUUGGUUCAUUCAGGCGACUCUCCGCCACCUAUUCGUCCGUGCGUGGCGUGAGCUGCUGGUUGACCGCCCCAACAGGUGUCUGGACCACGGUAUGCAUGGCACCUUCGGCAUCGAGCGAAGAUCGGCAUCCGGUCAGGGCCUUCCCCCACCCGAACCCAACAAGUGGGCCGCCCCCGUGUACCCGCCUCCCCCUGCUGCAGCGGCUGCGGCCGCGGCCGCUGGUGGUGAUGACAAUGGGCGAGCGUCGUGUGUGGAGCCCGAGAGGUUGCUGGAGACCUUCCUGCGGUGGGUGCAGACCAAUGGUGGGGAGGAAUGACUGCUUGUGAGGUGAGAUGGAGUGGGUGAGCUUUAUUUGUUGCUAUCGGGGUCGCUGGCUGGCUGGCUGGCUGGAUGGAUGGAUAGGGCAUUUAGUGCGUGCUCGUUUCAGUGUGUACGACGGACGGUUGGGG